GUGAGCAGAGGGCAGAGGCUACUGAGUGGAGAGUGUUGCAGUUGCUGUCUCUGUCACCGUCGUAGAAUGUUGCGUAGAACCUCCUAAUCACUACGAUAAUUAUGUUUAUCAUUCCAAUUACUUAAAAGUAAAAGUAGCACAGAAAAAAAAAAAUUAGUCCUCAAAUACUCCAAGAACAGGAAGAAGAUGACCCUCGGAUUCUCUUCUUUGCUUUUGGAUAAUUCUGUUCAAGUUUUCAUCGGAAAUUAGCGUGAUUAGAGGAAUUGAUCGGUGGUGGUUGGCCCUAUAAGAAGCAGGCGACGGUGGGGUUUUUUGAUUUUUUAUUUUUUUUUUGUUUUUGUUUUUUGGGUGCUGAGAAAUGAGGGGAGGUGGUGAUGCGGUGGGGGACGGUGGCGCCGCCGCGGUGACUGAGUGCGGUGACCGGAUAUCUGGUGCUGAGAAGCCGUGUUUGGAGGCCGGCGAUCAAUCUUUGCUUGCCAUAGUGGUUUCUGCCGGCGAUUCGGUUGAUUGUGAGGAGAAAGGUUGUGUUGAGUCUCCCCAGAAGGGUCACUUAUCUAGGAAUUCAAGUUCUCAAGAACAAUGCAGGGUAUGCCAGCAGGAGAAGGAAGAGGAUUUGAUAGAACUUGGAUGCCACUGUCGUGGUGGGCUUGCAAAAGCACAUCGUACAUGCAUAGACACAUGGUUUAAUACGAGAGGUUCAAAUAAAUGCGAGAUAUGCCAGCAAGUUGCAGCUAAUGUGGCAAUGCCCGAGCCCAAUGCCCCUGCGAGUUACUGGGUAUGGAGGGUUGAACCGUCUUUUAGAGGAACAACUAUUGCACCAGAACGGAAUAGGGGGUGUUUCAGCCCACUUUGGGUUGCGUUCUCUAUCCUCAUUGGUGGUCUCUUAUUGGAUCUACUGAUAUCCCUUACUCUCGGUGUCUCUGCACUACCCGUGAACAUUAUAAUAGGUGUAAUAGUCGUGCUUGGCCUUGGAACGGCUUUUCGGCUUGCGCUUGAGUUUUGCCAUGAUUGGAGUGUUAGAAGAGUCGUGCAUAGGGUGGAAGCAAAUGUUAGCCUCGGUUUUCAUCCCGCCUUAUAGGCGGGAUUGAACAUAGAAGACGAAUUAAGAAUCUUAAACGGCUAUUACUUGAUUGGUAAGUUCUGUUUCUAUGCUGCACUUUGCCCCCUUUGAAGCAUUUUGACCUAACUCCUGGAAGAAAGUCUCGGAGCUGCUGCUGUUAUCGAGUUAUGAAGGGCUUGUUUUUGCGUUUCUAGAUGGUUGCUAUGAGUAAGCGGAUUUAAUUGCCACCGUUUGGGUCUAGGAAUGCCAUUGACAUUUCUUUUGUAACCAAGUCUGUGUAUUUAAUGUACAUUUGUCCCCCCCCCCCAAAAAAAAGCAUUGACAUACCACAGCGUUUAGCCAUAAAUAUUGCUUAUCUGAGUUUUGACUUUAUACAUUCUUGGACAAAAACGCAAUAUUGCUUAUCUGAGUUUUGACUUUAUACAUGCUUGGACUAAAA